AUGACAUCACUUACACACUUAGUAUCUCGUGCAAACCAGGCCAUCGAGGUUAACCCUCCAGCUGCUAACAUCGAUAUCCAUCUUACUUCGCAUGGUUCCAAUUGGCUUUGGGCCUUGUUCUCCGUCUUCUCACUUUUCGCAGUCGUCCAUGCCUUUGUCUAUGGUUUCACUUCUUCCGAGAAGAAGAGCUUGAAGAAGACGUUGUUGGUUAUCCCUCUCUUCAUCAAUGCUGUUAUGGCCUACACCUACUUUACAUACGCUUCUAACUUGGGUUGGACACUGACACCAACGGAAUUCCAACAUGUGACAACAUCCGAAGAUCUUGAUGUCAGACAAAUCUUCUACGUCAAAUGGGUCGGUUACUUCUUGACCUGGCCAUUGGUUCUUACUAUUAUUGAAGUCACUACGCAAUCAACCGACUUCUUUGAAGAAGGCGACAUCUUGACGAAAUUCUUCAGCUUGUUCUCUCGUUUAUUCGCCAAGAUCUUAGCUACCGAAGUAUUCGUUAUUGGUUUAUUGAUCGGUGCUUUGAUUGAAUCUACUUACAAGUGGGGUUACUUCACUUUCUCUGUCACUGCCCAAUUAUUUGCUGAAAUCUACAUCUUCGUAAAUGUCAUGACUGCUUGGAGACAAUCCACUCAAAAGCUCGGUUUGAUUCUCGUCCUCUGUCAAUUGGUUAUCUGGAUCCUUUACCCAAUCGCAUGGGGUUUAUCUGAAGGUGGUAACAAGAUUCAACCCGACUCAGAAGCUGCUUUCUACGGUGUUCUUGAUUUCUUCACUUUCUUCUUCAUUCCUGUUGGCUUGACGUGGUUGGCCAUCAACAAUGUCGACGAAGAAUUCUUCUCCAAGGUAUGGCACUUACAACUCAGAAAGAACACCACUUCUCCAGCACCAGAUGCUGAAAAGGACUUCGGUGAAACCCCAAGACACAGUGGAGACACUGCUGUUGCCCCAGUAGGUGUUCCAACUGACGAACAAUAA